AACCCGACAUGGGUCCAGGAAAAUCUUUGCAUCUCCAUUUACCAUCAACCAGUCAUGAGGUCUCUGGUCUUUGCUCUGCUCCUAGGAGCCGUGUUUGCCACUGAGGAUGACAAAAUUGUUGGAGGGCGAGAGUGCACGCCUCAUUCUCAGCCCCAUCAGGUGUCACUGAACUCUGGAUAUCACUUCUGUGGUGGCUCCCUUGUCAACGAAAACUGGGUUGUGUCUGCUGCUCACUGCUACAAGUCCAAAAUGGACAUUGUCCUUGGGGAUCACAACCGCUGGUUCAUGGAUGGCAAUGAACAGAUCAUUCCCGCUUCCCGCGUGAUCCCUCAUCCCAACUACGAGUCUUGGCUGGUCAACAAUGACAUCAUGCUGAUCAAGUUGAGCAAACCUGCCACCAUCAACCAGUACGUGCAGCCUGUGGCAUUGCCCAGUAGUUGUGCCCCCGCUGGCACCAUGUGCACAGUCUCUGGAUGGGGUGUGACCAUGAACUCCUCUGCUGAUAGUAACAAGCUGCAGUGCCUGAAUAUCCCCAUCCUGUCUGUUGAGGACUGUGACAACUCCUACCCCGGCAUGAUCACUGAGGCCAUGUUCUGUGCUGGAUACCUGGAGGGGGGCAAGGACUCCUGCCAGGGUGACUCUGGUGGUCCUGUUGUGUGUGAUGGUGAGCUGCAGGGUGUUGUGUCCUGGGGCUUCGGGUGUGCAGAGAAGAACCACCCUGGUGUCUAUGCCAAGACUUGCAUAUUCACAGACUGGCUGCAGAGCACCAUGGCUACUUACUGAGACCGGUCCAAUCAUACCUGUGUUACAAAUGAUUCUAUACUGUCUCAAUAAAACUCUGACUGUUGUAAUAGAGAUUGAAAUAAAACAGUGUGACACCUA